AUGGGCAGAAAGAUGCUCCUCAGCCUGUUAACCAUGUUGUCCUUGAUCGUAGGCCAAAUGUUUGGCUUCCCGAAACCUGAAGGUGCAAGAGAAGAUAAAACAGUAUACAACAGAGAACUAAGUGUAGAGAAACCAUUGGAAGAACAGAUUGCUGAAGCAGAGACAGACAAGAUGAAGAAAUCACUCCGGACAGACAAUAAGCCAGAAUUCAGGAAUUAUUCAUUUGUGGAUGACUUGAACCUGCUGAGAUCUGUUGUGGAAAAAGACAGAAAGGAAAAGGAAAUGGAAUCGGUCAGGAGUCCCCCGUAUCCCCAACAGCUUGCUCUUGACGAUGUAGAUUCCACCAAGACACGCAGGCUGGUGGAUGAGUAUGACUCCACUAAAAGUGAUGUGGAUUAUAAAUACCCAGAUGACCCUGAUGGACUUCAUCAGCUUGAUGGGACCCCGUUAACAGCGGAGGAUAUCGUCCAGAAGAUUGCCAUGCGAAUUUAUGAGGAAAAUGACAGAGGCGUCUUUGACAAGAUUGUUUCCAAGCUUCUAAAUCUGGGCCUGAUCACCGAAAGCCAGGCCUACACCCUAGAGGAUGAAGUGGCCGAAGCAUUGCAGCAGCUGAUUACUGACGAAGCCAAAGAUCGGGAAAAGGCCUCUGAAGGACUCCCAAGCAAGACCAAAGAGAAGCAGAACAUCAAACCGGUGUUAAAAAAUACUGAUGGAGAUGAUACCUUGGAUAAUACCUGGGCGCCCGCCAACCUCUUAGAAAGAAGAAAUGAACUGCCCCUAGAGGAUCGCUUUCAGGAUCUCCAAUACUUCCCAAAUUUCUACGAACUAUUAAAAAGCCUUGACUCAGAGAAAGAAGUGAAAGAAAAGGAAACCCUGAUUACAAUCAUGAAAACGCUAAUAGAUUUUGUCAAGAUGAUGGUUAAAUAUGGAACCAUCACUCCAGAGGAAGGUGUUUCAUAUCUAGAAAAUCUAGAUGCCAUGAUCGCCCUGCAGACAAGAAAGAAACUUGAAAAAUCCAGUUCCCAGAACAAGCUAUCAGAUGUAAAAAUUGUUCCGCUUACGAUCCCUCUAGACAAGAGCGCCGAGGAAGCCGACAGCACAAAAACAGGCACAGCCGAAAUGGAAAAAGAAUACGAAGCCCUGAAAGAUUCCACAAAAGCCGAAGAAGAAAAUGCAGGAAACAACGAAGAACCCAAAGGAAAAGCAGAGGCCUAUUUGGAAGCCAUCCGAAAGAAUAUAGAGUGGCUGAAGAAACAUAACACGCAGGGAAAGAAAGAUGAUUACGAUCUUUCGAAACUGCGGGAUUUCAUAGACCAACAAGCUGAUGUUUACGUGGACAAGGGCAUCCUGGAUAAAGAAGAGGCAGAUGUGAUCAAGCGUAUCUACGGCAGCCUGUAAAGAGAGAGAGAAAAAAACCUCCCGAAGACUGUAUGGAAUUCUAGUCUAGCUUCACCCACAUCUAGUUCUAAGACCUACAAAUUUCUUUCUCCCCACCGCAUCCCAGGAAAAAGAGGUGAUUAGAAAGUAUUCUGUCUCCAUUGUACUAAAUUUUAUCUGGGUUUAAACCUC